GCGCGACCGUACAGGGCGGCUCCUACCACCGGACACCCACCCUCGUCCUGGCGUUUCACGUUCGUGCGCACCUCGUCGUCGGCACGAACGCGGUGUGUGUGUCACAAAUGGUGGUGUGACGCGCGUGGCCGCGCUUCCCCUGACGAGAGGGUCUCGUGCGUCCUCCAGCUCCCGGAGGAGCUCUUUUCACCUGAGGAGUCUCUCGAAGAACCGCUUAUUUUUCCUGCGUGAGGCCGCGGCCGUCGAUCACGAUGGUCACCGACAGCACGAGUCAGGCUGAUGACACAACGGCAUUUCUUCGCGCUGCCCGAUCCGGCAACCUUGAAAGGGUGGUCGAAUUUCUCGAUACCGACUUAGAUAUUAAUACAGCCAACUCGAAUGGUUUAAAUGCCUUGCAUUUAGCCUCGAAGGAUGGCCAUGUCGAAAUAGUGACCGAACUAUUAAAAAGGGGCGCAAAGGUGGACGCGGCGACUAAGAAAGGAAAUACCGCCCUGCACAUAGCUUCGUUAGCUGGUCAGUCCGAAAUAGUCAAUACACUUAUUCAAUACGGUGCCGCGGUCAACAUCCAGUCGCAAAAUGGAUUCACUCCUCUGUACAUGGCUGCACAGGAGAAUCACGAUCAGGUUGUUAAGCUCCUGCUCAACAGCGGAGCCAAUCAGAGUCUCGCGACAGAGGAUGGAUUUACACCACUUGCCGUGGCGAUGCAGCAAGGCCACGACAAGGUGGUCAGUGUGCUCCUGGAGAACGAUUCCAAAGGCAAAGUCAGACUUCCGGCUCUUCAUAUUGCUGCUAAGAAAGACGAUUGCAAAGCCGCUGACUUGCUUUUGCAGAACGAUCAUAAGCCCGACGUGACAUCAAAGAGUGGCUUCACCCCUCUUCACAUUGCCGCUCAUUAUGGGAACGAGGAAAUAGCACGGUUAUUAAUAAAACGAGGAGCCGAUGUAAAUUACUUAGCUAAGCACAACAUAAACCCGCUACACGUGGCGGCAAAGUGGGGCAAGAACAAUAUGGUUAAAAUUUUGUUGGAUAAUUCGGCGCAAAUCGAUGCUAAAACCAGAGAUGGCUUGACUCCGCUUCAUUGUGCAGCGCGAUCUGGACACGAGCAGGUCGUCAGCACUUUACUUGAAAAUUCAGCACCGAUCAGUGCACGUACCAAGAAUGGACUCGCACCCUUGCACAUGGCCUCUCAGGGAGACCACGUGGAUGCUGCGAGGGUGUUAUUAUAUCAUCGUGCUCCAGUGGACGAGGUGACGAUCGACUACCUAACUUCGCUCCACGUUGCCGCGCAUUGCGGCCACGUCCGGGUCGCGAAGUUGCUCCUCGAUCGAAAAGCCGAUCCGAACGCGAGGGCUCUGAACGGCUUCACGCCCCUUCACAUCGCCUGCAAGAAGAACCGCAUUAAGGUCGUGGAGCUCCUGCUGAAGCACGGGGCGUCCAUCGAGUCGACGACCGAGUCCGGACUGACUCCAUUACAUGUGGCCAGUUUUAUGGGGUGUAUGAAUAUCGUGAUAUUCCUACUGCAGCAUGAAGCCAAUCCCGACGUGCCAACUGUUAGGGGCGAAACACCCCUGCAUCUGGCAGCUAGAGCUAAUCAAACAGACAUUAUUCGAAUUUUGCUAAGAAAUGGUGCCAAAGUCGAUGCUCGUGCAAGGGAGCAACAGACGCCGCUUCAUAUCGCGUCUCGAUUAGGAAAUAUCGAUAUUGUUAUGCUGCUGCUGCAACACGGGGCGGCCGUGGACACUGCCACGAAAGAUAUGUACACGGCGCUUCAUAUCGCGGCGAAGGAGGGUCAAGAGGAGGUGGCGGCGAUUCUCGUGGAGAAUAAUGCUUCUCUCAAGGCUACAACGAAAAACGGCUUCACACCUUUACAUAUCGCGGCUAAAUACGGAAAUAUGAACGUCGCAAAUAUACUUCUGCAAAAACAAAGUAAACUUGAUGUCCAAGGAAAGAACGAUAUCACGCCUUUGCAUUUGGCAUGCCAUUACGAUCACCCUAACGUUGCGAAUCUCUUGUUAGAAAAGGGAGCGUCAUCCCAUCUUGCUUCGCAAAAUGGACACACUCCGCUACAUAUCGCUGCUCGUAAAAAUCAGAUGGAUAUCGCUUCCACUCUCUUGGAAAAUGGAGCUAACGCGAACGCGGAAUCCAAAGCAGGUUUCACCCCGUUGCAUCUGAGUGCACAAAAGGGUCAUUACGAUAUGACGAAUUUGCUGAUCGAACACGGCGCCGAUCCCAAUCACAAAGCCAAGAACGGUCUCACGGCGUUGCAUCUGUGUGCGCAAGAAGACUUCAUCAGGGUGGCUUCUAUUCUGGUGAAGAACGGAGCUAAUGUCGAGAGUCAGACAGAGACUGGUUACAGACCGAUACACGUGGCUGCUCACUUCGGAAAUCUGUCAAUGAUACGUUUUCUGCUGAAACAUAACGCCGAGAUAGACGUCAGAACUAAUCAGAAUUACACUUCUCUUCAUCAGGCUGCCCAGCAGGGUCACGCUCAUAUCGUCUCCGCUUUAUUGGAGGGAAAUGCUUCACAUAAAGCGCGCACUAACGAUGGCUUAACAGCACUGAAUAUAGCACAAAAAUUAGGAUAUAUUUCUGUGAUGGAAGUGCUAAAAGGAUUGCCUUACGAUAGUGCGACUCCGGAUAACAAAAACUGGGAGGAAAAGUACAAAGUGAUAGCUCCCGAAAGCUUGCAGGAGACUAGUUUUAUGUCCGAUUCGGAUGACGAAGGAAAUUCCGACGUGUUAAUUAGCGAGCAGCCUUAUCGAUACCUGACGGCAGACCUGAUGAAGAGUCUAAGGGAUGAUUCGUUGCCUAUUGACGUUACUAGAGAUGAUCCGGUACACAGAGCAGUUACUAAAGAAGAGACGCAACAAUUCACACAAAGCAAUAAUUACUGUUUAGCAGAAAAUUUUGAUAGCGAUGGAGUCAAUCUAGGGAAGUUGCAUUUCAGAUCAUUUUUAAUAAGCUUUCUGGUGGACGCACGUGGCGGUACCAUGAAAGGGUGCAGACACAGCGGGGUGCGUAUCAUUGUACCGCCUCGAAGAGCGACAAUGCCGAUUCGCGUGACAUGCAGAUUAGUAAAACUAAACAAGGUGCCGAAUCCGCCCCCUUUGAUGGAAGGGGAGGCUCUUGCUACGCGAAUUAUCGAGAUGGGUCCGGUGGGGGCGAGAUUUUUAGGGCCCGUUUUGAUCGACAUACCGAAUUUUGCGUCUGUUCGCGGAAAAGAAAGGGAAAUUAUUAUUCUGAGAAGCGAGAAUGGAGAAACAUGGAAGGAGCAUGAUAAUUCUGUGGAUAAUGAUGAUACUCUCCUCAAUACGCCUUAUGAUUCUCAAAUGAGUGCCUCACAUUCGGGCAGAAUAACUCGCAUAAUCACCACGGAAUUUCCUCAAUAUUUCGCCAUUAUAAGCAGAAUUAAGCAAGAGGUUCAUGUUAUCGGUGCCGAGGGUGGUAUUUUGAUAUCCAGCGUGGCGAAUCAUGUGCAAGCCGUUUUUCCCGCGGGAGCGUUAACGAAAAAGAUCAAAGUCGGCUUGCAGGCGCACGUUAUUCCUGCUGAACUCACAGCCAAAUUGCUCGGCAAUUGCGUCGCCGUGUCGCCAGUAAUCACGAUCGAACCCAGGAGGCGAAAGUUCCACAAACCGAUAACCCUUACGAUCCCUGUACCACAGGCCGCAAACAAGGGGAUGAUCAAUCAGUAUGGUGGAGAGACUCCUACGUUGCGCCUUUUAUGCAGCAUUGCAGGUGGAACUAACGAGUCACAAUGGGAAGAUGUUACCGGUUCUACCCCGUUAACUUUUAUGAAUGAUAGAGUGUCAUUCACUACUACCGUUUCAGCCAGGUUUUGGUUGAUGGAUUGCAGAAAUAUUAGCGCUGUGCCAAAAAUGGCAACGGAAUUGUAUAUGGAAUCCUUACACGUGCCGUAUAUAACGAAUUUCAUAAUUUAUUCGAAGAGGAUGGACAUAUUGGAAGCCACAUUGAGGAUAUUGUGCAUGACCGAUGGCAAGGAAGGCCUGCACACCUUGGAAAGACAAGAGGAAUUUACAGAAAUCGUUAAGAGUCGCGACGUUGAGGCACUCGAUGGAAAAGAUCUUUAUAUCGAAUUUAGUGGAAAUUUAGUGCCCGUCACAAAAUCCGGAGUACAAUUGAAGUUCACGUUCAAGGCUUUUCGACAGAAUCGAUUGUCGUUCCAUGUUAAAGUAAAGGAUCCAUUGCUGGAUCCAGUAGCGAGGAUGUUAUUCAUGAGAGAGCCAAAAGUCGCUAAAGGAGAACCACCUCAACAGCCUAUUUGUGUGUUAAAUAUUGUUCUUCCCGAAAAUAUUAUUAAAGAUGCGCGACAGAAGAAGCUAAAAGGUUACGAAGAUUCUAAUAUCAUAAAUCAAAAAUUAGAUUAUUAUAAAUCAAAGUACAAAAUGGAACAAAUGGAGAAAUCUGACAAGCCUAAAGAAACAUCGCCAUCAGAAAAGAAAUUCAUAACCGACACGUUACAAAAGGAACAAACAGAUGCCGCUACUAUCCACGAAUCCCUUGCACAAAAAGCGGCUUGUCCCCUAGAAUCCGUAGAUGCUAGUUAUCCCACUAAAGUAAGCGCCGGUCAGUCGGAGACGGAUAUGUCGCCCGAGCUCGAAAGGCAGACGUACUCGGAGAAGCGCAAAUUCUGGGAGGAUAUCUCGAGGAAGCGGGAAAGUUAUCAGCGUUCCGAGUCUGAGGUCUCCAGGGCUUCCCAAUUGACCAUCAACGAGAGCGACAGCGAGUCAUGUCUGCCGAACAUCGUCUCCGAGGAGGGUGACGGGACCACGGAGGGUAUGUCGGACGUCAUGAGGUCGGAGACCAUCGAGGACAUCAACCUGCCGGACAUCUCGGAGUGUUCAGUCGCGGAGAAGGCACACUACUUCGAGGAGCAGAUACAGAGGGAGCUAAAGGAGGCGAAAGGAAGCGCGCCCAGGUUGCAGCAGCAGGAUCCCGCCAAGUCCGAGAAGGAGAAGCUGGCCCCUUCCUUCAAGGGCAAGGAAGGAACAAGAAAGAGCAUCGAAAUCGAGGAGAAGCACGUGGCGGAAUCGAGGGAGAUCGAGAAGAUCUUGAAGAUCGCUACGGAGGACGCCAAGUUGAAGAGGGAAACGUGGAAGGAGCCCAAAGAUGUCGAUAAGAGGGAGAAGGAUAAAGAUGAGGGUAAAGACGAGCGUGAGGAAGUUCGGAAGAUUGUGGCCCAGCCGGUGAUGGAGAUCUGCAAAGAAUUGUUGAAUAAGGAGAGGGAACUUGCUGAGGAAACGCAAGCGCUGAAGUAUGAGACAGCAUUGUCGAAAACCGAGGCAGAACACAAAAAGGAGCUAAUUGGAAGAGAAAUUAAGGAAGAAAUUACAAAGCCGAUAAAAACGCUCCAGGAAAAAAUUGCAGAAGAACCAAGACCGGAAACACCAGAAACCCUGAGCAGAGAAAUUGUCAAAGAGAAGACGUCCGGAAGGAAAAUAAUAACGGAGGAGACAACAAUCACUUACACAGUGCAGAAGGACGGAACUCUGGUGCAAGAACAAGUUGUUAAAUCGGUACAGAUCGAGGGUGCAAAUGGCGAACCGGUUACGCAGAUUCCGGAAGUUAGCGUAGAAACGAAGACUGCGUUUGAAAAGGGUUUAUCUACUAUAAAUGACAUUGAGAAAUUACGAGCGGAUACUAAGAUCGAAGAGAAAGAGGAUACAGAAUUCGAAGACAGAUUAUUGAAAAGAGAAACGUCGGAAGUGUUGCAAAAAGUGGAAGAAAUCAUUGGCAAACAAGCUGACACGGAAGUGAAACAGAAAAAAGAGUCUCGUAUCCCGAUUUCCACGUCAAUGGCCGAAAAGGAUAAAGCAAAGAGUAAAAUGGUAUCAGACAAACCCGAGGAGAAACCGACAAAAAGUCCGAUCCUGGAGAAGGAGAAGGACGUUACUUCGCCUUCCACCAGGAAGAAGGAAUUCGAGUCUCGUAUACCCAAACGUAUCGUAGAGGGAGCUGCGAUGAAGGAGAAGGAUCUCAAGAAGGAUUUGCCGGAACAAAAGGACGAGACUAUCACAGUCACUGAAAAAACGUCCAGCGAAGAGGUCACCUCGCGACACGAGGAACGCUCGACCACGAAGAGCAAGACGCAAACAUUCUCCAAGACCUUCACUGACCCGCAGGACGCGUUCAAGAUGUUCGAGGAUUUAAGCGCCAUGAAGGACAAGGACUUCGCUACGGUCACUUCGAAGGUCGACACCAAAGCCACGAGUAAAGUGGAGAAGAAAGAGGUCCUUUCGUCGGAGAUCUCCAGCGGAGCGGAUAAAUUUAUAACCCACGAAGAGAAAGAGAAAGUGGAAAGAAAAAAAUCCUCGGAAUCCAAGCUGACCAAGGAGUCACCGGCUGAGAUGAUAGAGGAGAAGAAGAGCAAAAGCGAGGAGGUGGACAAAAGCACUGUGCAAAAAAUGUCGAUGAACUUGACCGAAGGUAAGGAAGUGAUAGACGCCAGCGCUUCUGAGUCCAGAGCGGAGAGUAAGAAGGAAGAAUUGUUCAAGCUAGUGGAGGACAAGGAGGGAACUGCGACGGAGAAAUCUGGAACUAGUAGGGUUAGAGAAAGCGACGUAGACGUGGCGAUUAGAAUUAAGAAGGAUGAAGAUACAAAGAAAGUGGAGGACAUUACGGAGUCACCUCGAGCUUCCAAAGACGAAAAAAUAGGAAAGGUUGAAAUGAUCGCGCAAGGACAAUCUUACAAAGAGAAUUUAGAAAGCUUUAAAGUCGAGGAAUUUGUUCCUAGCCAAAAGUACAAGACGGAUUCGGCUGAAAAGGACGAACAGAGCAAAGAAGUUCCGGAAUCUUUGGAGAAGAGAGAGCAAAUGAUUGCCAAGGAAAUGGAAGCGCGAAAUAUAGCGGAGGAUCUGAUACAAUCGAUUGAAACCGAGAUCGAGAGGAAAUCGUCCACCUCGGGAUUAACACCUCAAAUGUUGAGUAAAGAAUAUCUCGAUCAACUGAUUUCCCAGAGCAGCGAUGCCGAUCAUGAGAAACUGGCCGACGACUUGACAAAAAAGUUCGAGAGUAUAAUGAAAAAAUCUUUGGAUGAGCAAUUGACAGAAAGCAAAACAGAUCAUCCAACUGCGGAAGCAGUGCUAUCAAAGUCUUUUAUACAAGAAGAAUCAUUCGAGAAAGGAUCUACGAGAGACAGUAUAAGUUUCAGCGAGGAUAUAACCAAGGAUGAAGAAUCAUCACAUGAUCGAGAAGAGAAUUUGCCGUCUUCACAAGCUAGACUCCAAGAUAGAGACAUCACUAUGAGUCCCAGCAGCAUAUCCGAGCCAAUCGAUCUUGAAGAGACGAUCGACGUUGACACUGGAGAUCUGGAAGACUUAUCUAAGCCUACGUCCAGUCCGCAAUCUGAAAAACUUCGCUCCGACAGAUCGAGUGGUCAUAUCGAUCCACUUCAAAAAGACAUGUCUAGCGAUACUACUCUCUCGAAAGAUAAGAUAGUGUCGGAAAUCUCGGGCGCUAGAGUGUUGGAGAUCUUGGAGCCGGACGCGGACAAUCGUCAAGAUUCGGUCGACGUGCCGUCUUUGGAGCUGGACGAACACAAAGUGUCCGAAGGGACUAGCAAGGACGUGGCGUCCUUGCACGAGAGCGCCGCAGUGGAUUCCUUGGAAAACAUUGGCCAGGAAAAGGACGCAACCGUUACUUCCAGCACGGUGUCCGAAGACUUUCCUCCGGUUCACGAGCGUGCACCUUCCUUGAAAGAGUGCGAUGCAGGGGAUAGACGAAGAGCGGACAGCUUUGAGAUUGAAAGCCCGCCAUUGAUCUCACCGAGGACGAAGCACGUUCACGAUUUGGAGAUCAAACCUGUCAAUUGGAUGAUUGGCGACGAGAAGAUCGAGAUAUCGGAAAUUCUGCAGCCUUCGCAGGUGUUCAAUCAAGAACUGGAAGAGUACGAGUCGUCCAUACAACGCGCUCGCACUUCCUCCCAGGACGAGUCCAUGGACCUAGAGCAGGAAUCCGUGACGAAAUCUUCGGAAGAUAUCAGUGUCGAGUCUGUCAGAGAGUCCGUUACCAGUAGUGAUGUUAAAGCGACCCCGAUUGUCACGACUACAACGCCCAAGGUCACAAAGUUCACCGUGGUUCCGGUGAUUGAGUCGGUGACCGAACCGGACUUCGACAGCGAGCUGAUAGAAGAUAAGUUAGAUGUCACCUGUCAAGAGUUGGUCGAUACCCUGCAACGAGAAUACGACGCCAAAACGCCGACAGAGGAAGACGCAAUCGGUAUACGUCAAUCGAUAUCUCGCGAGGAUUUUGACCUGGAAACGAGUAUUACAGAAGCUGUCACGGAGGAGAUACCUAUGAAGGAAGAAGAAACGAAAGACUUGACCGAGUAUGUAUCUGCGAAAAUUGUGGAGCUCAAACUUCAAGAGUUAGAUACAGAGGCUUUUCAAGAAGACAUUUCUGCCGAGUCGAGAGACGUUGGUGAAGUAUUUUCACUGCAGAAAGAAAUGGAAGAUGCCGCACGGCAUGAAGCUGAAGAAACACGGAAACAACAGGAGAUAGAGUCUGCGGAUAAAAAAAUUGAAGAGUUGGAAGUUAAAAAGGAAGAAGUGAAAACAACCGUGGAAACUGAGAAAGAUUCCAAGAAACAAGAACUGUCGAAGUGCGCGAGAAUUGACGACGUCCUGAAAGAAUGGACGGAGACCUACCUGACGAAAAUCAAACCUCCCAGCGAAGAGUAUAAACGACACAUGGAGAAGACUACCGAUAAACACGAUAAACCCAGCAAAUCAACAGCGCUUCCCUCCGAUACUUGUGCCUUGAAAAUUAAGAAAGACGAUCUACAGAGCGUCGAUCUAAGUGCUCGAUAUGCGAUAACCGUGCUAGAUCAAGUGGUGAAGAAAGAGAUCGCCGAGGUAAAGGAGUCCUUGGAAGCGGCUAAGCAGGAUUUGAUAGAGGAGCUAAGCGAAAACAGUCAGACGGUGAUUCAGAUUAAGGAUUCGCCUUCGGAAUUUCAGUUCAAACUCCAACCGGAAUCGAUUCCGAAUGAUUUACCAUUUUUGUACAAACCACCGUCCAUUGAACACGUUCCUGCGGAGGUUGAACCUGAAGCCGAGACUGAAACUAUUAUACAGAGCGAAUUGCCGAUCGCAGAAACUGGAGAACUCGAAGAGGAAGAAGCAAGAGACACAAUCGAUGAUAAAUUCAUCGUUCAAACAGCCGCGAUCGCCGAGGAUAAAUCAAUCACUGCGAUCAAAGCACCCGAAAUCGACAUCGAGAAGCACGAGGAGACGAACAUUCAAUACAAACUAGAAGAUGAAGACGAGGGUCGUCCCAGUCCGCUUCCCAUCAGCAGAUCAUCAGACAUUAGUUCCGACAUCGACAAUAGAGAUGACAGCUAUUCCUUGGCGCCGCCUCAGCCGGCACCCAGAAGACGCCAUAAGCCGGCAAGAUUAUCCAAGAGAAUCAAAACCUCCGAGAGCGAGGCCGACAUCGGCUCGAGUUCCGGCGAGAGCAGCAAUUACCAAUCCUGCGAGUACGAGAGCGGAAGUAGACCCAGCUCGUCCGACGUCGAGGCAAUGCAGUCCGCCAUCGGUGGCGUGCAAUCCGGCACCGCUUCGGAGUACGAGACUGCAAUGAUGUCGGUCGAGCACGACGGCUCCAAGACGUUACCAACGUCGCAGGAAUACCAGACCGCGGCGAGUUCCUUGAGUUCCCGCGAGUCCAUGAAGUCCUUGAAUUCCCUCAGCUCCGGCCACCUCGGCAGUAUCGACAGCACCAGCGAGCUGUCCGAGACGCUGGUACCAUCCGAGGAAGCUGAUGACGAUGCCAAUGAAAUAGACGAGAACUUGGAGAGCGCUCUGGACGCGGAGCACGAACUGCCCGAGGGGUCAGACUCUUCUGGCAGCGAGGAAAUACCUAUGGACGAUGACCGACCUGUAGACAAGAUCGACAGUCAUAUACCUUGUCGUAUGAAGCGCUCGUCCGAGAUGAUCUUCCAGCAGAUUCUGGACGACAACAACGUCAGUCUGGAAGCGGAGUCUAUGGGUGAAGUGUUGGAAGAGGAUCAGGCUAAAGUGCCCCCAGUUCUUCAGGCAGUUGACACGGUAUUUGAAAACGGGAUUCAGACUCAAGGAAUCUCGACGAGGAUCACCAGGCCCAGUGACAGCGAAGAACCGGAAGAAGACGUGGAUGCGGAAAAGGAAGACGUGGAGGAUCAGGAACAAGGAUCGAACUUGGAUAUUGAGGACGAAGGUCUCGAACCGGCGCUGCAGGCCACAUCCGUCCACUCGAUGCUGCAGCAGGCCAGCAUGUCCCUGUCUUCGGCAUCGGGGAUGUCCUUCGACACGGUGAUAGAGAAGGACAAAUCCGAACGUCACUCCCCCGACAGUGAUUCCUUCGAGCUCGUGGACAAACCCGACAUCAUCGACGACUUCGUGGUGAUCGAGGAGGUGGGACGGGAGGCGGAGGAGUUCGACUCCGAGGGCAAGAGCAUUCGCAUCAGUUCAAUCCCUCAGACCACCAGCAAGCAAUACGACCGCGACCUGGAGAAUCUGAUCGCGGAGAAGCAGGAGGAGCAGGUGUCGACAAGUCAGACCUCCAAGAAUAAUGAUCUGUUCGAGUUUGAGACCGAGGAGAGUCCGCCGCAGGCGUCGAACGAGGAUCAGUCCCAGUCUUACUCCGACGACGAGCAGUACGAGGGCAAAAAGUGGAUAGAGAUGCAGUUCCAGGCGAACGCGCAGGUCUACGACAUCGAGUACGAUCGCGGCCCGCUCGAGGACAUCAAGGAGGAGGAGAUUACGGAUUUCGAGGCGGGCAGCAGCAGACUGGGCAGUCUGGGCAGCCACAAGGAGUCCAUCGGCAGCGUGGGAAGUAUGCGCGGCAGCUUCGGCAGCACUCCGGACUACGACGUCCUCGGGAAGAAGUACUUCAACAAGUCCACGGAUCACGAUACCGCGUCCCUAACCUCGCUACAGGAGUUCGAGCACCUGGAGAGCACGGUGGCGGCCGAGAACUCGAAAAAGUUGGUUCAAUGUGGCUCUCAGGAUUCCGUUAACAAUGGUAGUCUACCAAGGAGAUACAUGACCCGCUCGGGUCACGGUGACGACAUCUCGCUGUCUUCGUUAAAGGACUUCGAGGGUUUAGAGAAAGCUUGUCGGGAAGCUCAUCUGAUGGAGCUGCGGGCUCGAGAAGAGGAGGAACUCCUGGAGCACGAGAGUCCGGAGAACAAGUACAAAAUGGAGAACCUGCCGCGUUCGAGGAACACCAGCGCGACCGGUUCGUUCAAUCCCAGCACUUCCGGUUCGGACGAUUAUGAGAAGAGGAUAAAGGAGAUCGACGAGAUAAUAAGGAUCGCGCAGUCGAACGUGGAGAAGCUCGACCGGCAGGACGACACCACGGAGGACAUUUCGCAGAUCGAGGGCACCGACGCCGAGAGACUCGCCGGGACGACGACCCACCCGGUUCCGGCGACACUUCCGGAGGAGACGGAGUCCGACGAGGCCCGCACGGUCCAGAGAGAGAGCAACGUCAUGGAGACCAGCACGGAUUCCCUAGAAUUGGAGGAAAACGCGGAGAAGAAGUACCAUCCGCUGUGCCGGAGCUCCGAUUCCCUCGAGAUGAAGACAACUCUGGAUUAUCCGUCUCUGAGCUCGGACUCAUUGAACAACGUGAAGGAUGCGAAGGAGACGCCGUCGGACAUCGGCCAGUUCGCCGACAGCGCGAGACGCAUCUCUUCGGAUUCGCUGGAAAUGCCUUUGAUGGAGCAGCAGGACGUAGGAGAAAGAAGCAGCGACAGCAACGGUCAUCGAGCUGAGGAAGAAAUGGCGAUCCGACAAGCAUCUUCGAUGGAGACCGAUGCGAGAAAUGGCAAAACGAAAACGUCAUCUAGUAGCGGUACAUAGGAUAAUUUUCGUAGAUAGCGGACCAUCAUCAGGAAGAAUUUUUGCCACGACUUCAUAAAAAUAUAUUACCGAAUAAUUCGAAGUUUUACAUGUAAGACACGAUAUUAAAUAUUGUAUAAUGUACUAAAGAACUUGUGCAUUGUGGAUAUACGAGAAUGUCAUUAUACAUUUGUCUUUGUUUUACGUGAUGUCUUCUAAAAAACAAUUUAUAUUAUGCUUAAAUUUAAAAAAAUGAUAUAGUUGCUAUUCUUCAAGAUAUAAUAUUGUUGCGCGGGAUAAGAAAAUGCAAAGUGAAGAACGGCUUGCUUGUUUUUUAUUAUUAAAUUUUGAACGGAUGUUUGUUGUGAACAAUUCUUGCUGUUUAUAAAAAAAGGAUACGAACUAUAUCUCUUGCUUAGCUAUUUUCGAAAUCUUUACUGCGGAGAAUUGAGUUGCAUAAUUUAUUGAACGUACAUAUAUAUGUAUAUUUUGAAGUGCUACUUAUUACAUGUUCUACCUGUAUUAUAACGCGUACGACACUGUACUAUUGUAACGUGUUUUAUAACGUGUUUUUCAUUACGAGAUGUGUCGUUGUGGAUGCGCGCUUUUUCGUAAAAUUUUAUAAUAUAUUAUAUUUGAUGGAAUCCCUUUGUAAUGAUUUCAAACAUUUGCGAAAAUUUCAAAAAAAUACAAUAAUGCUAGCUGUAGCGCAUGUUUACACAAAGAGGGAGAACAGAUACAUAUAUUAUAUCUAAAAUAGAAAAUUUUAUAUGCGAAUAUAAUAUUUAGGACACAGAUACAUACGACAUUUACGGAAGGCAGCGAAGUAUAUAUAUAUAUAUACAUUUUUAUUUAAAUGAUUCAAUAAUAAUUG